AUGCACGCAUUCUAUGGUGGAUACCUGCAUUGCAAGAGUGGGUUGGUUCAGUUCGUCCAUAAAUACGAUAAUGUGCUUGGAACCAAGGAGCAAAAGGAACUUGAAGAUGAUGCUGCGGACUCGAAAGGAGCCAUCCCAUGUAUAGGGAGCACAGGCAUUGAGCGACAGUUUCAACAGGAAUAUACGAGUAAUAUGUUCCGGACCCUUCAGUUGGAGUUUGACCCCUUGAGUCAAAAGAGUCGGUGCGAGUGCAACAAAUUUGAAUCCGUUGGUAUAUUGUGUUACCACAUCUUUGCGGUGUGGUCAUACUAUAGAGUUGACACAGUACCGAGCUGCUAUGUUCUUCCUCGAUGGAGUAAGAAUGUCAUCCGCAAGUACACUUACAUUAAGAGUAUCCAUGACGUGGCUCGGAGUAAUGAAAGCCACAAUAUGUUCAGGCAACUGUGUUCGGAGUUCUAUAACGUUGCUCAGGAGUUUGUUGCUUGUGAAGAAGAAGCAACCAUCUUGGUUAAAACCAAAGGACGACCGAAGAGUAAGAGACUUGGAGCAGAGUUGGACAAGUCAAUUAAGAAGUCAAUGGAAAAAAGGAAGAGGAAAUCACAACCAGAUGUUGUUGACCUUCAGACAGAUAAUGAUCGUCAUGGUUCUGUAAACAACAGACUUGGGGAUUCUACUAUAUGGAAUUCAUCAGAUGGUGGCAGAUUCAUGGACCUGUUGAACUCUUUUAGGCAUAUAUAG